AUGGAGAAGGAUUAUGCUGAUGAUAUUGAGAUAUUAAUGGUUGAUUCAUCAAAGCUAUUAGUAAAGGAAGGCUUCAUUAAUGUAUGCCAACAAUAUGGUUCAAUUAAAAAAAUUACUUUACAUAAAAGAAAUGAUGAAAAUCAAGCAUUUAUUCAGUUUGAACACAAUGAUGCAGCACUCAAACUUUUAAAUGAAAAGUUAGAUCUUCCACCUUUCAUAAAUGUGAGUAUUUCCCGCCGAACACAAAAAAAGAUGGAAUCAUUAGCAUUUAAAAAAGAAAAUGAAGAUGUUGAAAUAAAUAAUGCUGACGAAAAUCUAGGAACAUUUAUUGAAGAAAAUGGAACAAAUAAAACAACAUUUGGGACUUCAAUUUAUAUUGGGCCUAAUGUUUCUGGAAGAAGUUUAAUAGAGGAAUCUAAACAAUCAAAAAUGAAUAAAAAAAUUAUACAUUAUAAUCUAGAAAAUGAUGAUCUUUUUGGAAAGCCUCUAAGUACAAAAUGGGAAAAAAUAAAAGAGCCUGAAUUUGAACUUAAUUAUCUUGAUUUCUAUUAUCGUUUUGAAAAUUGUUCUGGUGGUGAAAUUAAAAUUGAAAAAAAGUUAAGUCCAAACUUGUUUACUGGUUUGACUACAUUUUUUAAUGAUGGUGAUAAUAUACAAGAAAAAUUGAAGAUUAUUAGCAAUGAUAUUGAAUGCUCUGAUCUUCUAGAUAUAAAUAAUCUGAAAUAUGGAAUGUUAGUGGGCGCAUUUGAUAGUGCAACUAAUUUAUAUGGUCGUGGAUAUGUAACAUUGGUUGCUGGAAAUAGUGUUAAUAUCGCUAUGAGUGAUUAUGGUCGAGUAAUUAAUACAACUAAAAUUAGAGUACUACCAAAUAAACAUACUAAGUCACCAGCUUAUUCAUUUAAAGUAUAUACCAAAGGUGACUAUGUUCCACAGUUAAAAAAAACAUCUUAUGCAUUCAAAGUGCGCAGUGUAUGUAAUGAAAGAAUUGUUUUGAUUAUGCUUGAUGAAAAUACAGAAAUUAAAGUGCAAUUGAAGAAAUGGCAGCCUACUAUUGAAGAAUGUGGUGUUUCAUAUAUUGAUUUUAAGAGCAAUAGCUCGGUAGAAUUGCUUAAGUUAAAAGAUAUGAACUCUGUAUUCAUUAGAUCAAAAGAAAAGCAUCAUUUUGAAUUUCUUUUUUCAUCCUGGAACAAUUUAGCAGCUUAUUGCUAUAAAAAUUCUCAGCCUUUAAAUAGAGAACCGCUUUAUGGUGAAAUCGUAGGAUUUAAAUCUACCUUAACCAAUAACUAUGCCAGAGGUAGAAUUCAUAAAUUUUUUGGUGACAAAAUUUAUUCUGUGAAGCACAUGGAUGAUCCUUUUAAAGAAAAUAUCAACUCAUCUGAAAUGAUAGAAUUACCGUUUGAAUAUAAAAGUAUGCCUGUUAGUUUUUUAAAAGUAGGACUGAAAAAUGCUUUACCAUAUCCUAUCCAGUUUGAAGCUAAAUAUUUAGUUGAGCAUACUAUUGGUGUUCGCCUAUCUGUGCAUUUUGAUGAAGCAAAAGCAGAAGGAUGGAAAUGUGUUGACUUAAAUAUUACACUUGUAAAAGAAAACUUGAAUUCUAUAUUGUAUAGUCUAGUCGAACCUUUGUGGCUGAAAGAUGAUUCUGCCGAAGAUAAUAAUAUUUCAAAAUUUAUCAAGUACAUGGAUUUGUCAAGGAUUGAAUUAGUUGAAAAAUCAGUUGUGAACAUGAAGUUUGUUGUGUUUCAUGAUGGAGUAUUUUAUAUGAGAGAUAAAUGUUUUGGAAAGUCUUUCUCACUUUUAUCUGACAUGAUUAAAGAGUAUUGUAGCUUGAGUUUAAAUCCUUAUUUGCCACAUACUGAUGAAGUAUGCCUUGGCCAAUUUCCAGAUGGUAUGUGGUACAGGGUAAUAUGUGAUCAAAUGAAACCUGGUGAAUUGGCUAAAGUACAUUCUGUAGAUUUGGGAAACAUUGCAUAUUUGAGUUCUAGAAAUAUAAAACCACUUCCAGCAGAAUUACUAUUUCAUCCAACUCAUGUUGCUCUAUGCAUUUUAGAUAAUUCUAUUCAGAUAACUGAAAAAAGCAUUGCAUUGUUGGAAAAAUAUGAAAAUACCGAUUGUGAAUUAACUAUUGUGAAAAGCUUAGGUGGUAAAAAUCAUUAUUUGGUUAAUUGUCCAUUCAUCGAAGAGAUUCUUCAAUGA